CGUCUGCGCUUUGCUGUCAUGUUUACACAUCAAAAGCUUUUCAACAAAAAGUUCACUCUCAGUUGCAGGAAAAUGUUUGGAAUUUGACCAUGGCAUCGAGUAUGAAAAUCAUUUUUCUCGUAACAAUAUUCUUUGGUGCAUCUUUUGCCUAUAACAACAUGAAGGAUCUAAGCUUCAUCCCGGAUUCAUUGCUUCGCGAUUUGUUCGCCGACGCAUUGAAUAAAGAUUUGAUUGGAGAACAAUCAGAUGAAUAUCUUGACGAUGAUUCAUCUCUACCGUUGAGCAACGCAAGACUUGCGAUGAUGGCCCGAGCUACAAAAGAUCAAAAUGAACGGAUAAUGGAUUACGAUUCCAUCUUGGAACAUUCCAACCCACAUCCAUCGUUAAGAGAUUCUGAAUACAUGCAGCAUAGUUCUUUGUGGGGACAUCAAUUUAUGUCUGGAGGUGGUGGUGAAGGGCCGCAUGUCAUCAAACCACAAGUGAAGACGGAUGCAGCUUUACCAGCAUAUUGCAAUCCACCGAAUCCAUGUCCAGUUGGUUAUACCGAAGAUCAAGGAUGCACCACUGAUUUUGAAAAUACUGCAAGUUUCUCUCGUGAGUACCAAAGUUCCCAGGAGUGCAUGUGCGAUUCUGAGCAUAUGUUUGAAUGUCCUGCAAAUACGGUACAAGAUCAAGCAAAUGGACAACAAAACUUUGGAUUUUUAUCACAUCAAUUUCCUCAAGAACACAAGAAUUUGGUUGCAAAGAAAUUUUGGGUUAAGAAAUCAUCGAAACCAGCAACCAAUCCAUACUUGCAAGGUCCAAAAUUACCAAUCGCAGCUAAGAAAGGAUUCAAUAUAAAUUAAAUGGAAUCACUAACAAAACAAUGACGACAAUGCUUAAUCGACAAAAUGGACAAAUGGUAACUUUUCAAAGAAUCUUUUAAAUGAAUAAGAUUAAUAUUUUUAUGUAUUCCCAUUUUAUUUUUCAAUAUACAUGAAAUUAAUGCACUAUAAUUGUAAGAUAUAUUAAACAUAACACAGAGUUGCAAACAUGUAAUGAUUGUUGCUUUUUUAGAAGGAAAAAUAUCAGAAACUUCAUCAGAAGAUAUCAAAAAAGAAAGAAGAUUUAAAAAAGAAAAUUCAUUGUCAUCUGAGUAAACAUCGUAACGAUUUUAUGGAAUAAAGUUGCAUUUCGUAUCAAGUCAAGAGAUUUGUCUCAGAGAUGAAUCUCACAAUCAUUUAUAACUGAACAGUGAGAUUAAUUUUAAAAGAGAAAAAAAAGACUUUAUGACGUCAGCGACAUCGGGUUACUAAUUAAAAUUCUUCGUUGGAAAUUCACUAAAAUUACCAUCAAAAAGUGUAGAGUUGUCUUUAUUAUGCCAUGCCAUUGGAUUUCUGAUGAACAAUUUUUAAAGUGUUAGCUAACUUUAAUCUCGCAUAAAUAUUGACGUCAUAAAGCCUCAAUUCUUUUGCAGAUGAAGAUGAGGAAGAUUCACGAUAAGGAAAAUGAGGAAAAGAAGAGAAAUUAAUAUCGAAGACUGACGUUAAUUGAUUUUUUUUGACACAAAGAAUUACGCAAUGUUCUAGGAAGAUCAAGAAAUUAAUCGAUGAUAUUUCAGAUGAAAUCUCUUCUUUAUUAUUUACUUAAAUAAACAUCAGUAAUGAAAUAUUCUCGCUUUAAGCAUUGCUCUUCUUUGUAUCAAAUAAAUCACUGAUUAACACUCCUAGAGUUAUGUUUGACUUGAAUAAAAUUGAUUACCGAUAAAUCUUCAAAAUGCAACAUCUCAAAAUAUAAAAAUGAAAAAAAAAAUCAAGGCAUAUAAUUACUAAUGAGGCAUUUAUUUUACUUAACUAAAACUUAAUGAAUAGAUUUAAAAGAUUUAAAUUUUUGGGGAAUAUUUUGAACAAGUCAUAGGAAAUAUUCAACUCAUCUUAGAUAAGAAAAUGAAAUAUCCUUAAGAUGAUUGAUUUGAAUUUGAGAGGAAAACUUUAUGACUUUAUGAUAAAAAAUCUUUGUCUAAAGCUUAAUUUGCACACAAGAAAAAUUAGUGAAAACUAAAAACCAAAAUUUUGCACCUUCACUUGAACAGAAAAGAAAAAAGAAUCAACUUGCACUCAUAUUUGAAAUAUUUAAAAGAUUUUCACCGUCUUGAUGGAGAAUUUAAUAAACUAAAUAUUGAGAAAAAUAUUUAAACUUAAAACAUUGUAAGACAAUACCAGAAAGAAUUAUAUAAGAUAACCUCAAGAGCAGCUGAUAUCAACCACACUUUCAACGUGUGAGAUUGCACUUUUAUCAAAUCGUGAAAUCGUGCAGCAGACUUUGGAAUGAGGGAAUGGAUCCGUUUAAAAAGAAAACUAAGAGAAGAAAAAAAAACAAUUCGAAAGAAUAAAAAUUAAACUUAAAUGUUAUGUACCCAUAAAAGAGAGUUUUAUUGACAGAACUUUAAAUUCUUUAAACAAACAAAUAUAUAAUUAUUAUUAUUGGACACUAUCUACAGCAAAAGAAUUCCGAAGAAAUGAAAUAUUUUUAUAAGUAGCAUUGAAUAGGAAUCCUGUUAUGAGAUCAGAUUUUAAGCCCAACUUAAUAUGAGAGAAGUAACAUCUUUAGGAUCAUUGAAAUAAGAAUAAAAUAUCAGAUACAAAAAAAAAUAAAAAUGGAAAAAAAAAAUUAAAAAUCAAUAAAAAAUCACAAAAAAAUGGGAUUAUAAUCAAACCUCAAACCUAUUAUAUGAAGCAAAUAUAUAUGAACGAUGCUUAUUUCUGUGAAGUCUAAAGCAUAAUCAAA